AUGGAGAAUUUUGCCUUGCUAACAGACAUGCUGACGACCGCAUUUCUCACCAGUGGCAGCGAAGCAAGAAGCCAGGCAAGAUGGCCGACAGGAAGGCCUAUCAUCGAUAAUAAUCGCCAUAAUCGUGAAUCUGAAGCGAUCGAUACGUCCAACUAUCGAUUUCUGACCAACAAGACCAAAGUCCAUGUGGUGGAAAGUCUACCAGGGGUUCACUUCGAAUUAGGAGAGAUGUACUCGGGGUAUAUGCCGAUCCGUGGAAACGAUUCCUUGUUCUAUAUAUUCCAACCGAAGCUCGGAGAGCCGAGCGACGACCUCACAAUUUGGCUGAGUGGUGGACCAGGAUGUAGUUCAAUGCAGGGGUUUCUGCAGGAGAAUGGACGCUUUACUUGGCAACCCGGCACCUACGAGCCAGUCAUUAAUGAGUAUUCAUGGGUCAAUUUGACCAACAUGCUAUGGGUCGACCAACCGGUUGGCGUCGGGUUCUCAAACGGUACACCAACUGCUACCAAUGAAGAUGAGCUCGCUGCCGCUUUCAUUGACUUUUUCCAAGAAUUCCAAGAAGCAUAUGAUAUCAAAAACUUUCGAAUUUUCCUAAGUGGCGAAAGUUAUGCGGGGCGUUACGUGCCCUACAUAUCCGCCGCGAUGCUUGACAAGAAUGAUACCGAGCACUUCGACCUCAGCGGAGCGCUCAUGUAUGACCCCUGCAUCGGCCAGUGGGAUUGGAUCCAGGCCGAACUCCCCUCUUACCCCUUUGUUGAACAACAUGCUGAGCUGUUCAACUUCAACCAAUCUUUUAUGGGAGAUCUGAGAGAUGAAUACGAGCAAUGUGGCUACAAAGAGUAUUUCGACGAUUAUUUUACUUUCCCUGCCUCUGGAGUGCAGCCCACGAAGCAUAUGAAUUACUCUGAGUGUGAUAUUUACAACAUGAUCUACGGCGAAGUAUACAACUCGAACCCCUGCUGGAACCCUGCCAAGAUCAGCCAAACAUGCCCGCUCUUAUGGGAUGUCCUAGGCAACCCCACAGACCUUGCCUAUCAACCAGACCGCGUACCCUAUUUCAACCGCACAGAUGUCAAGAAGGCUCUGCAUGUCCCCGAGGAUGUCAACUGGCAGCUGUGUAGCCUUGACAGUGUCUUUGUAGGCGCCGACCCGGGACCCGAGCAGGCAUACGAUGAGUCUCUGAAUCCCACAGAGGACGUCCUGCCCCGGAUCAUUGAGGCGACCAACCGGGUUCUGAUCUCGAACGGAGAUUGGGACUAUCUGAUUAUCACGAAUGGAACAUUGAUGGCCAUCCAGAACAUGACUUGGAAUGGCGAGUUAGGCUUCCAGAGUCGUCCUACCACUCCGAUGAAUAUCGACAUGCCCGACUUGCAAUACACUGCUGUCUUUGAUGCCCUGGAGAGUUAUGGCGAGUUGGAUGGCCCACAGGGAAUGAUGGGAGUCCAACACUAUGAGCGUGGUCUAAUGUUUGCCGAAACCUUCCAGGCGGGCCAUCAUCAGCCCCAGGAUCAAGGCCGUGUGUCUUAUCGUCAUGUCCAGUGGUUGUUGGGUGAUGAUGAACACCUCUGA